AUGGAGAUGCUGCAGGGGUUGUUGCUGUGGCUACUGCUGGGCUCAGGCGGGGUGUGGGCAUCUCGAGGACUGCUGCGGCCGCUGUGCCGCCCCAUCAACGCCACCCUGGUCGCGGAGAAUGAGGCCUGUCCCUUCUGUAUCACCUUCACCACCAGCAUCUGUGCCGGCUACUGUCCCAGCAUGGUACGGGUGCUGCCAGCGGCUCUGCCACCUGUGCCCCAGCCUGUGUGCACCUACCGUGAGCUUCGCUUCGCCUCUGUCCAGCUGCCCGGCUGCCCGCCCGGUGUGGACCCCAUGGUCAGCUUCCCUGUGGCCCUCAGCUGCUGGUGUGGGCCCUGCCGCCUCAGCAGCUCCGACUGUGGGGGCCCGAGGGCCCACCCAGGGGCCUGUGACCGCCCGCACCUCCCAGGCCUCCUCUUCCUCUAGGGAACCCUCAGCCUCGCAGACCCCUCCUCUCCCCGCCCAAUAAAGGCUCUCCAACCCGC